GCCAUUUCCUCAGCCCCUAACGCUUGAUGUUCAUCUAUAAAGUUUGUAAUUCUCAAUAAAGUUACUGAAAAACGUUUGAUUUAACAGAUUUAGUCUUUUAUCAUCAUGGGUCGAGGGAAUCGAUCCCAGCAAAACAAACGAGGUAAACGCAGUGCACCUGUCAGGAAUGAAAAUAGUGUUUUGUUACAUCAAUCAGUUAAUCCACCUGAUGCAGCACAAAUUGAUGAUGUUGCUGUCGCAGAACCUGCCACUGCGAAGGAAGCUUCAGUACCAGCUUCUACCAGCACUCAAUCUGUUCAGCGUGGGCAAACAGUUCAUUCAGAUACUGAGGUGAUGGGCCUUAAUGAGUUGGACACUUCUCGUGAUGACAGCAAUCUAUCUUCUUCAAGUCCCAGCAGAGAUCGAGAGAGUGACACAAGGAAUCCUGAAGAUGCUACUAGUGUCCAAUCUUUGAAAGAAUCUGAUGACAUCAAAAGGCUUUCCUACCCACCAUCCUUCUUCAAGUUUAUUGAGCCCUCGGCGAAAAAUGGAAGCUCCCUGUACGCUUGUCAAGUGAAAGAUUGUCCCAGAAUGGGAAAGACUCUAUCGGCGAUAAACAACUCUAGAGGAAACUUGCGGGCUCACAUCAAAACGGUUCAUAAGGAACAGCUGGAAAAGUUUAACACACUUUGUAAAGAAAUUGAUGCUACUAAGUUGAUGGGCGUCCAACCUCUUAGGGACCAUUCGGAUAAAAAGAUCGAGACAGAUCGUAAGCCAGCCUCCGUGCAGCAGGUCUUGUCUUUUCAAGGGUACCAAAAACUUGUCACACAGAAAAACCUGGAUGAAUUCAUUCCGGAAUACCUUUGUGACGCGGUUCUACCAGUCUAUCACACAGAGACAGAAGCCUUCCGGACUUACACCCGUAAAUUGCAACCUCGUCUUAAAGUCAGGAACCGUGCAUUCUACCGAAAGCAGAUCGCCAGUAUGUAUAUAAAGAAGAGAGCUGCUCUUAUGAACCAGUUGCGAGGCGCAUUGUGGAUUUGUACAACUGCCGAUGGAUGGACUUCUAGGCGGCGGGCGUUCAUCGGCAUCACUGCCCACUGGAUCGCUCCAAACCUGAAAAGGCGUUCCGUAUGCCUUGCCGUAAGACGCGUCAUAGGAAAGUGUGAUUUUGAAAUUAUUGCCAAGCUCCUAGAAGGUGUGUACGAAGAAUACGACAUCCUUCACAAAUUGACGGCAACGGUGACGGACAACGGAAGCAAUUUUGUGAAAGCAUUUCGUCUCUAUGGAUCCUCGUCUCUCCACUCCACCAUCGAGAGAUCCACUUCGACUCAAAAUCAAAAUGCGCCUCUAAGGGCAGCUUCAUUGGACGUUUUGAACGCGUCCACCUCUAGGACGACUCUGCAGCCAGUAAAUGUCAGGUCAAACAGGAUGGUGACCGGAGAAGACAACAUCGCCGCUCUUCUAGAAGAUGAGCUUUCUGAUUUUGAAGAGACCGAUGAUGAGAUCGAUUCGUUAUCUGAUCAUAACCAUGAUAAGGAAAAGGAGGAUCAAGGAGAAUCUGCAACGGAGCAAGAGAGUGAAUCCGAAAUUCAAGAAAAUACUGAUGCUGACAUGAAUCCAAUUUCCUUAACGGCAAUCCUAAAUAGUGGUAUUGACGCAACCAACAUUUACAUCCUACCACCUCAUCGUCGGUGUGCAUGCCACACAUUAAACCUGAUUUGCAAGUGUGACAUCUAUAAGGAUCUAGAACCGGCUCUCAAGAACCUAAUGGAGGCAACCGAUAAGAAACUGACUGCUAUCUGGAAUAAGCAAAAUCGAAGCUCUAAGGCUUCUGACACGAUCAUAGAGAGCCUUGGGAUGCUCUUUAUCAUUCAUAAUGAAACUCGUUGGAAUUCUUAUUUCAAUGCCAUGCAACGAGCCAAAUACUUCGUCACAAAGAAAAGGACCGAACUUAAAGCACUUUUUGAACAAUUCGGGAUUGCGUAUUUCCGCCCAGCCGAAGAGGAAUUCAUUCGUGAAUACGUCAAAGUGAUGGAGCCUAUAUCAGAAGCAUUGAAUGUUCUUCAAGCAGACGUCAACAUCUCUAUCGGUUAUUUACUUCCUACGCUUACCAUCCUUCUCAAUAAGAUGGAAAACCUGAAGGAGAAAGGCGGCAUCAAGCACUGCAAACCUCUCCUAAACACAAUGAUCGAAUCAGUAAAGCGAAGAUUUGCUGAAAGUUUGGCUGACGCAGAGUUGCACAUCGCCGCCAUGGUACAUCCUCUCUUCAAGGCAAAAUGGAUGCCGGAAGGCGAGGAGCGUGAUGCUAAAGUCCAAGGUAUUGUAGACGUCUUUCGAUCCUUCAAGAACGACCAAGUUGACUUGGAAAAUAGGAAGCAGUCUUAUUCAGCGGCCGAUGGUAUUCAAAGCGAGGAUUCGGACUACAGCCCGCAGAGAAAGAAGACCAAGAAAGAUUUCUUCAAAUAUUUUGACAAACACAGUACCAGCGGAAUCCAACGAGGUUGAUUUGUUCCUUGCCGACCAGUCUACAAAGAUAAGCAGCCUGAACAAAUACCCAACCAUUAAGGCCAUAUUUAUCAAGUACAAUGCUGCAUUUCCUUCCUCGGCCUCUGUCGAGCGCUUAUUCAGCGUUGCAGGAAGGAUUUUUA